AUGAAUAAUGAACGAAUUGAUCAUACAACAUCCGUGUUAAGGAAUGGGAAAGCGCUGGUUACUGGUGGUUGCAAUGGUUCUCUUCUAAAUGAUGCUGAGUUGUACGAUCCAGUCGCACGAACUUGGACAGCUACUCACAGCAUGAAUUAUGCACGAAGUUUACACACAGCAUCCCUAUUACCGAAUGGAAAAGUGUUGGUUACUGGUGGAUUCAAUAUCACUAGUAUCAUGAAUGGUGCUCCAACUUGGGAUAUAUCAAGAGAAAGAUUCACGAUGCUGGAUAAAAUGAGCAACCGAAAGGUAUUAGUGGAUGGCGGAGACAAUGGUCUGAGUUCUAUCAAUAGUGCUGAACUAUAUGAUCCAUUAACAGGCAUCUGGACAACGACUGGUAGUAUGAAUUUUGCUCGAGCAGGACAUACAGCAUCCCUAUUACCCAAUGGAAAAGUGUUAGUCGUUGGUGGAGCUUUUGUGGUGAGUCUACAAACUGCUGAGUUGUAUGAUCCAUCAACGGGAACAUGGACCAAUGCUAGUAGUUUGAAUCAUCCGCGAUUGUGUCACAAAACCAUCCUAUUAAAAAAUGGAAAAGUUUUAGUUACUGGGGGAUAUUUUGAUGUAUCUGUACAUACGUGUGAGCUGUAUGAUCCAUCAACAGACACAUGGAACAAUACUGUUAUGCUCCAUUAUGCACGAAUUUAUCACUCAGUCGUCGGGUUACCAAAUGGAAAAGCAUUGAUUACUGGAGGGCAGGCCCUGGAGUCUCUAAAUAUUUCUGAGUUAUAUGAUCCAACAACUGAAAUGUGGACAUACACAAGUCAUAUGAAUAAUGCACGUGCAUGGCAUACCGCAUCAUUAUUAACGGACGGCAAAGUGUUAGUUACUGGUGGGUUUAGUGAUAAUUUUUAUAUCAAGUUGAAUAGUUCUGAGUUGUACGAUCCUUUAACAGAAAUGUGGACAACUACUGAUAGUAUGAAUAAUGCACGAGCGGGACAUACAGCAUCCGUGUUAACAAAUGGUAAUGUAUUAGUUACUGGCGGAUAUGGUGAGGAUCAGAGUUAUCCUGCUAGUACUGAAUUGUAUCUCCUAUCAACAAAAACAUUGACAACGAUCGAUCAAAUGGAGAAUGUCGAAAAUGAUCGCAAAGAAUCGGUAUUAACAAAUGAGAAAGUGUCAGUUAACCGUGGACAUAACAAUGCGAUAUCGAACACUUCCAACGAAUCAAGAGUAUGA